GGGAGCAGCGGCAGCUCCAGCCCGGAGGAGGACCGGGAGCCGGAGCAGGCGCCUCCCUCCGGGAUGCUCAAGGGACGUGGUGCCAGCUUCCUGCCGGACGCCUCCUGGGCAAGAGGCUGGAAGAACCUCCUCUCCAGCUUUGGUGGGACGCUUCUGGGCCUCGAGCGAGCCUUCGCGGGCAGGAACCCCCUGAAGCGAGAGUCGGGGUCUGUGGUGGAGAAGCUGCCCCAGCUGGCGAAGGAGGGGGCUGAGAGGACCCUGCCCCAGUGCAUCUCCCUCUUCUUGCCUGAAUUCCCAGUCCAGCCUCCAAUGGGGCAGCGCCAGCUGAAGAUCCUGGGCUUUGUGGCCAAGGGGUCCUUUGGGACAGUGCUGAAGGUCUUAGACUGUGGGCAAGAGAAGGUCUUUGCCGUCAAGGUGCUUCCCAAAGUGGAGGUUCUCCGCCGAGACAGCCUCAGGCAGUGCAAGGAGGAGGUCAGCAUCCAGAAGCAGGUCAGGCACCCUUUUGUGCAUUGCCUGGGAGACAGCUGGCAAGGCCGCAGCCACCUCUUUAUUAUGUGCACAUAUUGCAGUACUGGGGAUCUGUACACCCUUUGGAAGUCGGUGGGGCGUUUUGCCGAAGCCGUCAUCCGCCUCUUUGCUACGGAGUUGGUGCUGGUGCUUGGCUACCUCCACAAUCUGGGCAUCGUCCACCGCGAUGUCAAGAUGGAAAAUAUCCUUCUGGAUGAACAAGGUCACCUGAAGCUGACUGACUUUGGCCUCUCUCGCCACCUGCCCUGGGGCGAGAGGGCCUACACCAUCUGUGGGACCCUCCAGUACAUGGCCCCGGAGGUCUUGAGUGGCGGGCCGUAUGCCCACGCGGCAGAUUGGUGGUCCAUGGGGGUGCUGCUCUAUGGCUUAGCCACUGGGAAGUUCCCGGUGGCCGCCGAGAAAGACCACGUCAGCAUGCUGGAGAGCGUCAGAUGCUGCGACUAUGCCAUCCCAGGCACCCUCAGCCUGGGCCUCCGCCUUCUCCUCAGCGAGCUCCUGUGCCAGGACCCCCAGCGGCGCCUGCGCUACCUCCACCACUUCCGCGGCCACCUCUUUUUCCGUGGGAUGACCUUCGACGCCGAGAUGCUUCGGAAGCGGCCGGUGGAUGUUGUGCUGGACCUGCGGAACCCCCGGGAAACCUCCCUGGACUCGGCCACCUUUUUGGAUUUCGACUGUGACCUCAUGGCGCCCUCGAGCCAGCCGUGGCCGGGCUGAGUGGCCCCCCCCAUCCUCCUGGGGGGCAGCAAUUCUUCUCAGGAGGCCCAAGGCCACCCUUGGGCGAGCCCCGAGAAUCACUGUGAGACCUUCUCAGGAAAUGCUUCUUCCAGGCAGCUCUUUGGGCGAAUGAAGCCGCCAGGGAUCUCAGGAAGCCCGGCCGAAAAAGCACCGGCCCCUCACUGGCAGGCAGGCU